GAGGAUUUUAUAAUUGAUCACCACCCUCAUCACCUCCAUCCUUCCCUCCACCCCCCCACCCCCCCGCCAAACGCCGAGGCAUCUUCUUGUUGGCUUGCCAAGGGGGGCGUUUAUUGGCACGGGUGGGCAGAGGAAGGUGGUGGUGGUGGGGUCUUUCAUUGGGCGCUCAAGAAGAUGUGGAAGAUGCGGACGCUCCUGGGCUUUGUGCAGUGCUGCUACUGCUGCUGCUGCUUCUUGCUCUUGCUGCCGCCUCCGCUUUGGGUCAGCCUGGCGGCGGCUAAGCAAGUGCUGAGAUACCGGCUGGCCGAGGAAGGACCUGCCGACAUCCGCAUCGGCAACGUGGCUUCGGACCUGGGCAUCGUGACGGGCUCGGGCGAGGUGACGUUCAGCCUGGAGUCCGGCUCCGACUACCUGAAGAUCGACAACAUGACGGGCGAGUUGAGCACCACCGAGAGGCGCAUCGACCGCGAGAAGCUGCCGCAGUGCCAGAUGAUCUUCGACGAGAACGAGUGCUUCUUGGACUUCGAGGUGUCCGUGAUCGGCCCGUCGCAGAGCUGGGUGGACCUCUUCGAAGGCCGGGUCAUCAUCCUGGACAUCAACGACAACACCCCUACCUUCCCCUCCCCCGUGCUCACCCUUACCGUCGAGGAGAACCGCCCCGUGGGCACCCUCUACCUGCUGCCCACUGCCACCGACAGGGACUUCGGGCGCAACGGCAUCGAGCGCUACGAGCUGCUCCAAGAGCCCGAUGGGGGCCGACGGGGCGGGGGGAGCUCGGCUUCUGCCACCUCCGACAGCGCCCUCUACCCCGGGGGCGGCAAGAGGAGGCAAGAGGCCGACGGCGGAGCCCGGAGCAGCGUGUUUGAGCUGCAGGUGGCGGACACCCCCGAUGGCGAGAAGCAGCCCCAGUUGAUCGUCAAAGGGGCGCUGGAUCGGGAGCAGAGGGACUCGUACGAGCUGACUCUGCGGGUGCGGGACGGCGGAGAUCCGGCGCGCUCCUCGCAGGCCAUCUUGAGAGUGCUUAUCACCGACGUGAACGACAACAGCCCCCGCUUCGAGAAGAGCGUCUACGAGGCCGACCUGGCUGAGAACAGCAGCCCCGGCACCCCGAUCCUGCAGCUGAGGGCGGCGGACUCCGACGUCGGGGUGAACGGCCAGAUCGAGUACGUCUUCGGGGCAGCCACCGAGUCCGUGCGCCGCCUGCUGCGCCUCGACGAGUCGUCGGGCUGGCUCAGCGUGCUGCACCGCAUCGACCGCGAGGAAGUGAACCAGCUCCGCUUCACCGUCAUGGCCAGGGACCGCGGGCAGCCCCCCAAGACGGACAAGGCCACGGUGGUGCUCAACAUCCGCGACGAGAAUGACAACGUGCCCACCAUCGACAUCCGUAAGAUCGGGCGCAUCCCGCUGCGCGACGGCGUGGCCAGCGUGGCCGAAGACGUCCUGGUGGACACCCCCAUCGCCCUGGUGCAAGUGUCCGACCGGGAUCAGGGCGAGAACGGCGUGGUGACCUGCACCGUGGUGGGCGACGUGCCUUUCCAGCUCAAGCCGGCCAGCGAGGGUGAAGGGGAGCCCCAGAACAAGCGCAAGUAUUUCCUGCACACCUCGGCGCCUCUGGACUAUGAGGCCGUGCGAGACUACAACGUGGUCAUCGUGGCCGUGGACUCGGGGAGCCCCAGCCUGUCCAGCAACAACUCCCUGCUGGUGCGCGUCGGGGACACCAACGACAACCCGCCCGUUUUCAGCCAGGCCGUGCUGGAGGUAUCCUUCCCGGAGAACAACGCUCCCGGAGAGCGCGUGGCCACGGUGAUAGCCACGGACGCCGACAGUGGCAAGAACGCCGAGAUUGCCUAUUCCCUGGAGCCUUCCCCGCUCUCUGCCGAGUCUCCCGGAGGCCUCUUCACCAUCGACCCCGAUUCCGGGGACGUGCGCGUCCAGGCCGUUUUGGAUCGCGAGCAGAGGGACACCUACGAGUUCCAGGUGACGGCCCGGGACAAAGGGGUCCCGUCGCUGCAGGGCUCCACCACGGUGGUGGUGCGCGUGGCCGACCGCAACGACAACGAGCCGCGCUUCAUGCAGGACGUGUUCACCUUCUACGUCAAGGAGAACCUGCAGCCCAACAGCCCAGUGGGCAUGGUGACAGUGAUGGACGCCGACAAGGGGCGCAACGCGCAGCUCAGCCUCUCCAUACAGCCCGGGGACCAAGCGCAAGGCGCGCCGGGCAUCUUCUCCAUCGAGAACGACACGGGCACCAUCUACUCGACGGUCUCGUUCGACCGCGAGCUGCAGACCAGCUACACCUUCAAGGUAAAGGCCGUGGAUGGAGGAGAGCCGGCCCGCUCGGCCACGGCCACCGUGUCGCUCUUCGUCAUGGAUGAGAACGACAACGCGCCCGUGGUCACGUCUCCGGCCAACAGCUCCUACACGGUGCUGCCGCCCUCCAGCAACGUGCGCUCCGUGGUGACCACGGUGCAGGCCAAAGACGCGGACGCUGGCCAGAACGCGGAGCUGAGCUAUAGCAUCGUGGGCGGCAACCCGUUCAAGCUGUUCGAGAUCGACCCGUCGAGCGGCGUCGUGUCUCUGGUGGGCAAGCUGGCGCCCAAGCACUACGGCCUGCACCGCCUGGUGGUGCAGGUCAACGACAGCGGGCAGCCUCCGCAGUCCACCACGGCGCUGCUGCACGUCUUCGUCAACGAGAGCCUGGCCAACGCCACCGUCGUGGAGAGCCAAGUGGCGCGCAGCCUGCACACGCCGCUGGCGCACGACAUCGCCGGCGACCCCAGCUACGAGUUAAGCAAGCAGCGCCUCAGCAUCGUCGUGGGCGUGGUGGCCGGCAUCAUGACCGUGGUCCUGCUCAUCCUGGUGGUCGUCAUGGCGCGCUACUGCCGCUCCAAGGGCAAGCACGGCGGCUACGAGGCCGGCAAGAAGGACCACGAGGACUUCUUCACGCCGCAGCAGCACGACAAGGCCAAGAAGCCCAAGAAGGACAAGAAAGGCAAGAAGCAAGGCAAGCAGCCCCUCUACAGCAGCAUCGUCACGGUCGAGGCUUCCAAGCCCAAUGGGCAGCGCUACGACGGCGUCAACGAGAAGCUGUCCGGGGACAGCCCCAGCAUGAGCCGCUACCGCUCCGUCAACGGCGGGCCCGGCAGCCCGGAUCUGGCCAGGCAUUACAAAUCCAGCUCGCCUUUGCCCACGGUGCAGCUGCACCCGCAGUCCCCCACCGCCGGGAAAAAACACCAGGCCGUCCAGGAACUGCCCCCGGCCAACACCUUCGUAGGCGCUGGGGACAACAUCUCCAUCGGCUCGGACCACUGCUCCGAGUACAGCUGUCAAGCCAGCAGCAAGUACAGCAAGCAGCCAUUUCGUAGAGUGACGUUUUCAGUUGUGAGUCAGCCUCAGGACCCACAUCAAGGGUCAUUGCAGAGUUGCUAUGACAGCGGUCUGGAGGAGUCAGAAACACCAAGCAGUAAGAGUUCUUCAGGGCCGCGGCUGGGUGCCCUUCCACUCCCAGAGGACAACUACGAAAGGACUACGCCGGAUGGCAGUGUUGGUGAGGCAGAGCAUAUGGAAAAUGAUUCAAGACCUUUACCAGAUGUAGCCCUGACUGGGAAGUGCACUCGGGAAUGUGAUGAAUACGGCCAUUCAGACUCGUGCUGGAUGCCUGUCCGCACUUCACCCGAAAGGAAGCAGAAGAGCCAGCCAAAACUCUCCACUUUCAUGCCUGUUGAUGAACGGGGCAGUCAAGAGAAGCUGGCCAAUGGAGAAGCCUCCCUGAUGGGUGACCGCAACAGAAACCUCCUUAAUAAAAAGUUGACCUCAUCCUAUGAGACCUUCAGUGCAGCUAGUUUCAGCAAAAGCGAGGAAGCCAACCCAGAGGAUAUCCCCCUCACACAGACAGGGGAAUACAAGCCAUCUCCUGUCAACACUUUAACUAGAAGAGAAGUUUACCUUUAGGCGACAAAGAAGCAACAAUACGGUUCUCUCAUGUAUUGGAAGGGGAUAAAAGGCAAAAAACAAACAAAACCUAUGAAUCAAAAUGAUUUUAACUCAAAAAUAAAGGAAAGUCCAUUGAAAAUGAGGGGGCUACCAAAGAGACAAAAGCUUGGCCUGCCACUUCUGCCUCCAUGCCAGGCAUCUGCAUAUCCCGUCUGCCUGACUAUACUGUACAAUGUAGAAACCAUUGUUGUUCCUGCAUGCCCAAUUCCCUGCUCACCAAUCUUUAUUUUCCUAAAUUUAUGGUUGUAAAUUCCUUUCAAGGUAACAAGUCUGAAAUUGAAAAGAACUACAGGAACUGUUGUCCCUCAUCCCUUCCCCGCCCCCCACUGCUGAAGCAUUGCUUAAGCCACUCUGGUUAUCAUUUGGUGGUUAUCUGGGCUUGUUUGCAAGUCGAGGGGUAUGUGAGAGAAUUAUUACAUACGUAUAAUUUUCCCAGGAUACCAUCUGAAUAUUGCUGGUUUCCAUCAGAGAGAUAUGCCUCCAGAAACCAUUCAAAAUUAAACAUAUAAAGGGAUGGUUUUUCUUUUUCUUUGAAAGGAGCACUUUUUGAAGGUCUCGGCUUUAAUCCUGUUGCGUGGCUGGAAACAGCAGAAAACAUAUUCAGUCUGAGAUUAUAAUCCCAAAUAUGACAUGUUUCCCUAUAGUCUGUUCAGUUUUAUCCAUAACUACUAUCUCUGCCUGUGAUUUCAUAUUCUCUGACAUUAUCCUCCUCCUCUUUCUCCUCCUCUCUUUCUGUGGCAUUUUAAACUUCAGCAUAAACAAAAUGAUGGUGGUAUAUCAUGGCGUCCUAAGGAUAAACUGCUAUACUGGUGUCAUUUUUACAAGACCGGCAUUUAGCUUGGAUGACCACAGUAACUAAAAGGCCAAAGAAAAAACUGUGGAUCCGGAGAAUUGCUCAUCGGUCUUGGGCUUAGGAAAUCUGACACAGACGCACACAAACACAUAAGCGUAUUUUCCACACACAUUUUGCACAGCAAUCUAUGCUGCAACCCAGAUGACGUAGCCGUUUCAAAAUGGAUGUUAGCUGAAUCCCCAGAGGAACUGGUCACACGAGCUAGCUGGUGACAGCAUGGCACAUCAUAAGCUACAUAGAGUAAAAAGAUGCUCCCGUUCCAGGGUUCGUUCCUUAGAAGGUUUCAUAUCCAUUCAGGAUGAGCUCCAAAAACACGUUGAGAGGGAAGUCUGAAAAAAGAGCAAAAACAAAGGCAGUGGGAAGGAAGAACAUGCUUCAAGUCAAGUAUGGCAUCAUCUUUGUUGAGAGUGGAUGCUAAACCUUCGAUUAUCAGUGUUCCAGGUUAAUCAUUUGCUCUUGGCAAAGGUAUUAUGCAGGUUUUCUUAAUACACAAGUGCAUUUAAGCUGAGUCCUGUGCAAUAUAAAACCAAUGUUGAGACUCAAGGCGACUGGUGGUCUUGAGUGAUGUCACCACCGACAUGCUCUGUGCAAAAACAAGUUUUGCUUGUGACAAGCUUCAAAAAAUGAAUAAAUCCAAACCUGAUCAUGAUGGUGCAGAGCUCUGGGCUGUGACAGUUCUCAUAGUUUGCACUAUAUAUAAAGUGGAUAGGAAAAUGGACCAGAUAUAUUUUGUGCAAUAAGGAGUUACAGAGUGUGUAGAAUCUGAACUAGUUCUGUAUUGAUAAUGUUGUAGUAAUAAAGAAUGGCUGAGCUUGGACAUUCGAAUCAAACUGACAAUCGGUCGAUGCAGUGGGGACAGCUUGAGAAGGGGUGCAAAGACAGAAACCAGCCCCUCUGGUUGUUUAACUUGGCAUUAAAGCAUGACUAGAUGGUUCUAGUAGAUUGUAGUGACAAGAUAGCUUGGGUAGUUUAUUGCUUUAAAAAAAAUGACAUAGAGUAUAAUAUUAAACAGUCUGAAAUGUGAGCUGAACAACUGGUACAAACUCAUCACAACUUUUGUCUUUUCAACUUUCUAUAGCAAAGUGCCCUUUUUAUUGUACAUCUUCCUUACUUUUUGUAUUUUAUUUUGAAAUUAGUUUUUUUGUGUAGCAGUUACAAAUGGGCACAUAUUAUAAAGGGGAAAAAAUUAAAAAGAGGUUAGGAGUGAUUGAUCAUUCUAAUGCAUAGUUGCUUUUUAAAAAGAAAAUUCAGAGAUGCAAAUUUGACUUCGUUAGAAGACUGAUUAAAUCCGUUACUGCAUUGUAUAACCUUUCAGUAUCUGCCAAGGAUAAAAGGCUUCUCAUUUACAUUAAAACUUACACAUUUCUUGCAGGUUUCAACAGAAAAUGCAAUCAUAUCACCUCACUGGUCAAGAGAACUAUUUUUAAAAAUAAAACCCUUAUAUAUUGAAUAUCCGCUUGAGAACCAUUAGAUAAGGCAGAUCUAAACAAAAUAUCUUUCUUUUUAACUUUUCUGGAAAGCCAAUACAGAUCAGAGAAGCCCUUCAGGAUUAACUGGAUCAGAAAUCACUCCCCAUUUUGUGCGCUAAAUACAAGUGAAUCUUGUGAUUGAGGAAAUUACCUUUUUAUUCAUAGAGCUAAGAAGGGCACAAAGGGAUAGCAAAAAAUACAGUGUACUUGUAUGUAUUUGCAGUAAUUCUAGUAAAACCUAGCCAUCAAACCAUAGUCAAUUGCUUCUUAUGACCCAGCAUGAGACACAAAUAUAUUUUUGUGGUUUUUUCCCCAUUUGAAAUUAGUUAAAUCUGGUGACACUCCAUAUAUAGAGUGCUUUUGUAAAAAAUAAUAAUAAUAAUAAAAUGAAAGUGAAAAUUUUUAGAGUGAAUGCAAAAUAUGCAACUGUGCCUUUUAUACCUGUUGUUAUGGUAAACAUGGUGGUUGGGGUUGGACACUAAAAAUUUAUGGGCUAUUCCCACAUUUUUUGAACCUGUAUAUUUAACCAUGUUUAUUUUCUGAGAAAUAAAAGAUGAUAUAUUUAAAAAAUGCCUUCUACCAAACUCAGAUAAUGGACCAGUCUUAAAUAUAAUUCAUUAUUAAAAACAAGAAUGUGCUUUUGGAAUAGGACGUUUGUUAACUGAGAGGAAAAAAGUUACUAUAUUUGUCUCAGUAGCAAGAUGUUAUGAGUCUGUUUGGUAGAAAACUUGAUUUAUUGCUUUUUGGAAAAAAAAUCUUUUUAGCAGUUUUUUGUUUGUUUUCAUUUCAUGAGACAACUCCUAUUGUUUGCUUUUUAAUUUCACAAGAAGCUCAAAGAAACUGUGCAUGUCUUUUACAUUGGACACAUUUAGAGAUUGACGCAUCACUUAUAUAACUUUAUACGAAUUAGAAAAUGUCGUAUUAACUUCAGUCUAAACUCUAAUGCUCAUUCCAACCUCCAGUUAUGCUAAUAUUUAGUCAAUCUAAUUUCUGACUGGCCUGCUGCCUGAGUUUCAGAAAACAAGGUAGAUGCUAUUUUUCUGUGGGGGAAGAACUCAAAGGAGAGAUUGAAGGUGCUUGACUGAAAGACUACCCUGGGGAGUUGUCACAUAGAAAACAAAACAAAACACAAAGAUGUAGGAAAAUGAAGAGAGGGGGCAAAAUGAAGCUACCAUAAAUGCAGCCAUCACUAAAAGACUUUUACGGCAUUGGAAGAGUUGAAGAAUAUAACAGUUUUGCUUAUAUUCCAUCACUGAUAAAAGAUCCACUGUUUCCUUAAUCGCUGAAAGAAAGGAGAUGGACAAUGGUAGAGACGAACCUCAUCCCAACAUUAAUGUUGAGCAGUUGCCUGAAGAGCAUAGUAUAAGGAAGAAGGAAUCAUUUUUCAGCUACCUGGGGUACACUUUCAGACAUUUCUUGUCCUGAAUUUCGAAGCACUUACAUUCAGUGUGGUUACGAUCUGUUUGUAAUAUUAAUCAUUGACUAUUGUUCUGCAACUUGGAUGUUGAUAGUGAAGCAGAGAACAACUUAUCAUUGUUUAUUAUGAGUCACUAUGCACGCAACUAUGCUAAAAAAAAAAGAAACAUGGCAAAAAUGUAUUCAACGCUAGUCCACCUCUAUUUAUGAAAGAUUUUGCAUAAUUUAAUUUGCUUUUGUACAGUUUUAUGUAAAUAAAUUGCUUGUCAUUUUUGUCUCUGCAAAUUAAAAUAUAACAUGUUCAAAUGGUCA